GAUGGUGGCGCAACGUUGGAUACGAGAGGAAUUGUCACGCUUUGGAAAUAAGCCUUGAGCGAUCGUACCGUGUCGCACACGCCAAAUACUUCCACACGCGGCCCAAUCAACGAUGACGUCUGGCGUUGCAUGAUAAGCGUCUUAUCAACAACAAGACAAUUUCGUUUCAUAAUUCUUGGAGUUCUAUCCUCUAAUUCAUGCUCUGCUGAGGACAGGGUCCCGUGCCUGCGCCACAAAGGCUUUCAUAGUCGUGUUUUGAUUAGACGCACCCCACUGCUGCAUAGAUUCGCCCCACUACGCUUUCUUGCAACGACACCUGCUGCGUUCGGCCUCCCGUCAUCCCGCCAGGCGUGCCCUUCACUGUCGACUCCUCCGCAGCGCCUCUCCGCGUCAGAAAAAGGGGCGAGGGUCCUGUCAGGCAUCACUGCGGGCUUCUGGCAUCAGGGACGACUUGACGACCCACAUUUGGCGCCACAGCCACCUUCACGCGCCAGCACUAAGAGCGCAGUUCACGGCUAGGUUUUGACGACAUCACGCUGUCUCCGCCCACUACCGUCAUUGCUACCGGCAGCCCCCAGCAACACCGCCCAUAUUCUUUGCUCUGCGCUCCACGACGCGGCUCCUUCCGUGCACAGCGUCACACUGCACGACCG